AUGCCAUAUCUUACAUCGUUCUGGGAAAAGCUUAAAACUUUGCCCCCCUUUACAACGUCUCAUCCUCAGACGACUCUAGACAACAAAAAACCUCAGGCUAUAUCAUUUUGUUCUACGGUACACCAUACAAACAAGACGAACAAGAAUGACAAGUUUGCUCAGGCUAAAAAACGUGCUACCCAACGUCGCCAUGCCCGUGAACUCCAAGACAGUUUCAUAUCUGUAGGCCUUAUACCUCCUCGCAAACCAAAGGCAUCAAAACGUCCUCCAAUCUCCCGACCCCCAUCAGUUGCAGAACCAUGGUGGAAGAAGGAGGAAAAGAGCUAUUUGGCAAUGUCGAACAAUAAGUCUGUGCUACUUCUUGGUUCGGGAAAAACAAAGAUUCAUCUUGAGCAUUUAUAA